CAGUUCUCUGUCCGCAACGAGGUCAUGGCCACCAGCCACGUCACGGAUGAGUGGAUGACCCAGAUGGAGAUGAGGAGCCUCAACAGCUACAUCGUGCGCCGCUACAUCGCCACCCCCAACGGGGUGCUGCGCAUCUACCCCGGCUCCCUCAUGGACAAGGCCUUCGAUCCCACCCGCAGGCAGUGGUAUUUGCACGCAGUGGCCAACCCAGGCCUGAUAACGUUCACGGGGCCCUACCUGGAUGUCGGAGGGGCCGGCUACGUGGUCACCAUCAGUCACACGGUCCAUUCUUCCAGUGCACAGAUGUCAUCAGGACACACUGUGGCAGUGAUGGGCAUUGAUUUUACCCUGAGAUACUUCUACAAAGUUCUCAUGGACCUGCUGCCGGUGUGUAACCAAGACGGAGGAAACAAAAUUAG